AUGGCGCGGGCGCGGCGCGGAAUUGGCUACCCAGUGCUGUUUGAGGGCUUCUGGUCCUAUGCCAAUGUUGUAAAACUUCCUCCAGGAGUGGCUCAGAGGUCCAGCAGGUAUGGCAGUUCAGCCACAGAAGUGCCUGCUGCGAAAGUGGAAGAUGACUCCUUUCUCCAGUGGUUUCUGCUUCUCAUUCCCGCCACUGCCUUUGGCCUGGGAACUUGGCAGGUCCAGCGUCUGAAGUGGAAGCUGAAACUGAUUGAAGAAUUAGAGGCGAGAGUCAUGGCAGAACCCAUCCCUCUCCCAGCAGACCCGCUGGAACUGAAAAGCCUGGAGUAUAGGCCAGUGAGAGUCAGGGGACACUUUGACCACUCCAGGGAGUUGUACAUGAUGCCACGAACCAUGAUGGACCCUGCUCGUGAGGCUCAAGAGGCUGGCCGACUCUCCUCCUCAACAGAAAGUGGGGCCUAUGUUGUUACUCCCUUCCACUGCACAGAUCUGGGAGUCACCAUCCUGGUAAACAGAGGGUUUGUCCCCAUGAAGAAAGUAAAUCCAGAGACCCGCCAGAAAGGCCAGAUUGCAGGAGAAGUAGACCUAGUUGGCAUAGUAAGGCUAACAGAAACCAGGAAGCCCUUCGUUCCUGAGAACAAUCCAGAAAAGAACCACUGGCAUUAUCGGGACCUGGAAGCUAUGGCCAAGAUAACAGGCGCAGAACCAGUGUUCAUUGAUGCCAACUUCCAGAGCACAGUCCCUGGAGGCCCUGUUGGAGGACAGACCAGGGUGACUCUGCGAAAUGAGCACAUGCAGUACAUCCUUACCUGGUACGGACUAUGUGCAGCUACAUCAUACCUGUGGGCCAAGAAGUUCCUACGUCGGACUCCUGGCAGAUGAGGUGGAUACAAGCCUAUCCCAAGUAAUCUUAACUGUGUGAUCAGUUGUCUUAAAAGCCUUUUUUAUUCCAUUCACCAUUGGUAUAAAUAAAACUUCCCAUGCACUGGC